AUGACUGUUACGGCUCGUCCCACUCAUGCUACUGAGAAGCCCACCAUGACUGUUACGGCUCGUCCCACUCAUGCUACUCAGAAUCCCACCAUGACUAUUACGGCUCAUCCCACUCAGAAGACCACCAUGACUGUUACGGCUCAUCCCACCACUCAUGCUACUGAGAAGCCCACCAUGACUGUUACGGCUCGUCCCACUCAUGCUACUGAGAAGCCCACCGUGACGGCCCCUACCCGUGGGACUAGGAUUCCGCAUUGGAGUGAUAUGACUAUUACUGUCAGCACCGGAUCUGCCAGCAGCACACAGGCGGAGUGCGGCAGCACAGAUGAGUGCGCCGGGACGACUAAGCCGGCGCACGAGUGCCGGUCCAGCGACUGCGACACUCCCUGCGGCCGCGGUGCCUGCGGCAAUGAGGAUCAUGGUAUUGAUCUGGUCAUCCACGACCAGCCGAAGAAGAUCAGAAUCGCUGUUGAUAACUAA